AGACGUCAGUUAUACACAACAAUUUCGUGUUCAGAGGGCUGAUACAGUCGACAUGAAUCUCCUCAUGGCGGGUUCCGCGAGGACCUACCGAGUUACCGACGCCGUGCUGAAGACAGUUGAUAUAACCGACGAGCUUCCUCUCCUCGAACACAACAUCAAAGCCAUGCGCAUUGAAGCCAGCGUGUAUACUAUCCUAGGAAAACACCCUCGAAUUGCGGAAACUCUGUAUAUCGGUGGACAGAAAGAGCUCAUCUUGCUCAAAUAUUAUCGCCAUGGCAAUCUGAAAGACCAUAUCGCAAAACAACCAAACAUCACUUCAGCCGAACGCAACAGAUGGGCGCGUCAAAUGAUCGAGGGCGUUGCAGAGAUUCAUCGAAACGGCAUCCGGCAUUCAGAUAUCAGAUUGGAUCAAUGGCUUCUGGAUGACGAUUACAAUGCUCGUCUUUGCGAUUUCAACGGGUCUGAUUUCGAUACGAACGAAAGGCUCGGUCUGGAAGGUAUCGUGUCAGACCGUCUCGAGAAUCCCAGUCAUUUCAUGCCUCGUGAUCCGAUGGAGGACAGCACUGUGCUUUCCGACCUUUUCGCGCUGGGCUCAACACUGUAUGAACUUGACACCGGCAAGGAGCCUUUUGCUGGCAUAUUCAACGAAGAGCACGAAGAGGAGAUUACCGCGCUGUUUGAAGCGGGAAACUAUCCGGAAGUGAGCGUAUUGUCCUUGGGCGCUCUGAUAUUUGGAUGUUGGAAGGGGGAGUACGAGACUGCAUUGGAUCUGCUCAGUGCUGGCGAAAAGAGCUGCGGUCUCUAAGUUCGUAUUGAAUCGGAUGUCCAUGGUCGCUGCAAAAAUGUUGCCCAGAGCCUGUAUCUCCGUAGCAAAAAGAAACGCAAAACGUACAGCAGCAGGGAUUCCCACGUGGUCACCCACCGUAGUACUAAUCUGCCGUUCAACUGCUUAUGUAUGGCAGAGCGGACGGGAUGCCCAGUUUUCAGC